AUGCCUUCUUUUCAUACUUCAUGGAGUUCUAGCUUUCCCUUGAUUGCAUUAGCAUUCACCAUUAUCAGCAAAUCAAUGGCUCAAUCUUAUGGACCUCCAGCAUUCAGGCCAAGCCCAUGGCAACUGGCCCACGCCACAUUUUACGGCGACGAGACUGCCUCCGAAACUAUGGGAGGAGCUUGUGGAUAUGGGAAUUUGUUUACUAAUGGUUAUGGCACAGACACAGCUGCUUUGAGCACAACAUUGUUCAACAAUGGAUACGCUUGUGGGACUUGUUACCAGAUAAAGUGUGUGCAAUCAGAAGCAUGCUACCCAACAGUGCCAUUCACCACAGUGACUGCAACCAACCUUUGCCCACCAAAUUGGUCACAGGACUCAAAUGCAGGUGGCUGGUGCAACCCGCCUCGAGUCCAUUUCGACAUGUCCAAGCCUGCAUUCAUGAAGAUUGCUCAAUGGAAGGCUGGCAUUGUACCCAUCAUGUAUCGCAGGGUCCCCUGCAAAGCGUUGGGCGGGCUACAAUUCUCAUUCCAAGGAAAUGGAUACUGGUUGUUGGUGUAUGUGAUGAAUGUUGGAGGUGGUGGAGACAUAGCCAAUAUGUGGGUGAAAGGAAGCAAAACAGGGUGGAUCAGUAUGAGCCAUAAUUGGGGAGCUUCUUACCAGGCAUUUGCUAGUCUUGGAGGCCAAACUCUUUCUUUCAAACUGACUUCUUACACAACCAAGCAGACUAUUGUUGCUUAUAAUGUUGCCCCUGCAAAUUGGGGUGUAGGAUUGACAUACAAAGCAUAUGUCAACUUCAGUUGA